UCCCUCCCUCCUACUCCCUUCGGGGCCGCUGAGAAGAAACGAACCAACAGAUUCAACGGCAGAAACUGAACUGUCGUUGUUGCCCCAGAAUAUUCAGAAUCAAACAUCGAGCUCUCGCAGCGCCGUAGCUUGACCCGACCCUCUCUGCCCGCCUCAUGACGACGGUUUAUCCCUGACCUGCCCCACGAGAGCAAAGAGCUGCACGUCGAUUGAUUCUGCAACACCUUCUCGAGCCGCUGACGCUGUCGCUGCUGCUGCUGUUGCCGCUGCCGUCCGUCGCCGUCGUCCCAGUCGCCGUCGUCGCCGCCGCCACGAUCCACGCCAUCACGACAACGACCGCCCGUCCAUAGCGACACCCACCGCGAAAACCAACGAGCACCAUGUCGGUCAAGUUCGAGCGGGACACGGUCCGGACCAUCCAGGAUUCGGCCUCGAAGGCUCUUGAGCAGGCUGCCAACGACCAUGGCGCCGUCGUCCAGCGCUCCAUCAAGACGGUGACCGAGAAGACCGUCGACGGGGUCGCCAGCGCCGCUGCUGAGCGCGCCGCCGCUCUCGCUGAAGGCCCCGGCCCGAUCAAAAGGGCCUUUGAAGGCGCACCUCCUCUUCCCGGCACCAGUGGAAAGCACCCCAUUGCCGAGACCAUUGGCACGGCAUUGACCGGAGGAAAGGGCAUGGCCGGCACCAAGGGCUACCUGGCGGCCUAUAUCAAGGAGCUCGAGUCGAACCCUCUGCGCACCAAGAUGCUGACGGCCGGAACCCUCGCCGGCGCCCAGGAGUUCCUCGCCUCGUGGCUGGCCAAGGACCGCAACAAGCAUGGCAACUACUUCACCUCGCGCGUCCCCAAGAUGGCCGCCUACGGCGCCUUGGUCAGCGCUCCCCUAGGCCACUUUCUCAUCUGGCUGCUCCAGAAGCUCUUCAAGGGCCGCGUCAGUCUCCGGGCCAAGAUCAUCCAGAUUGUGGUCAGCAACCUUGUGAUUGCGCCCAUCCAGAACAGCAUCUACCUGGUGGCCAUGGCCCUCAUUGCCGGCGCCCGAACGUUCCACCAGGUCCGCGCAACCGUCAAGGUCGGCUUCUGGAGAGUCAUGCGCAUCUCGUGGCUCACGUCCCCCAUCUGCCUGGCCUUUGCCCAGCAGUUCCUCCCUGACGAGCUCUGGGUGCCCUUCUUCAACCUGGUCUCCUUCGUCAUUGGCACCUACAUCAACACCCUGACCAAGAAGAAGCGCCUCGCGGCCCUGCGCAAGAAGCACUACGGCGAAAGCCGCGAGAACCGCCCGCCGCCGCAGAUGGGCCGUCCCGGCCCCGAGGACUAUCCUCCCCCUCCCCACAUGGGACCCAACCCCAACCUGGGCGGACGCGAUGGACUACGCGACCCCCGUGACCCCCGCGACCCUCGCGAUCCCCGUGACCUCCGUGACCCGCGCGAGCCCAGCAUGGCGAGCCACAACCCCAACUACUAAGGGACAGGCUGGGAACUGGAAACUGGGACCUUGAAGUCUACAAUGAUACCCUGGCGGCGGACAUGCGCUGGAGUACUCUCCCCUUUCAAGGCAGCCA